UGGAAAAGAAAGCUGCAGAUAAUGAUAUCCAAGCAAGAUUUCUCGAACGUUUGCAAGUAUCUUACGGACGGACCAUAAGUUUAUAUAUAUCAUGCACUUGAGGCCAAUACACGCCCUAAAUUGGGCUUUGAAGAUCAUUGAUACAUAAAAAGUCUUCAAUAAUCAUGACAGUGUAUUGGACUAUUAGUCUCAGGAUCCGAAAGAAGGUAAAGUCAGUCUCGCCCCAACAUUGCUGUCUGCUGGUGUUUGCGACUCGCUCUAAACUAGGAGCUACCGUUCGAGAAGCCCGCCUCACGGUUACCUGCCUAGUGAUUGCAUGUGGUUUAGGCCGCCUGUAUCAUCUAGCGCGCAUGUACCUUGCUGUCUGCAAGAGAGAGCAGAUCAGAGCCAAUCUAACACGUCAAGGGGAGCAUUGUUACGAUGGCUACCUCAGCUCAGGUAUUAAACGACCAGCGAUGUUUGGGGUGCCCUUUGAGCAAACCAUCAUAGAUAAUUUAUCCAUCCGAUCCAUUCAACAAUCUAGUCUGCCCGGCUAGCUCAAUCGGUAGAGCGUGAGACUCUUAUGAGUUACACAUUCUGUAUUACAAUCUCAAGGUUGCGGGUUCGACCCCCGCGUUG